AUGGUCGUUGACGAAGUCUUGGAGGCAACGGCGACAACCGAGGGCGUAGAAAUCGCGACAAUCGUCUCCGGAGUCAGCGGGAGCCAAUGCGGAGAACCGGUCUUGACGGCGGUCGCCAAUCCAAACAACAAGGGCAAAAGCAACAGCAAGGCAGCCGGGGGGAAAGGGGGCGGCGGUGGCGGCAGCAGCAGCGGUGGCUUCGCCAAGGUCGGGAAGAUCGGGGGAGGCGGGCGGGGGUCCACCAUCCCAGUGGCAUUGUACCGCACGGCGAACGCCAGGUACACGCUUGUCUACAGCCACGGGAACGCGACCGACAUCGGGGCGAUGCACGACCGGUGCGCGGGGAUCGCGGAGGCCGUCGGGGUGAACGUUCUGGCGUACGACUACACGGGGUACGGGCGCGCAAGCGGCUCUCCCACGGAAGCCCGGACGUACAGAGAUAUAGAGGCGGUGUGUGCGUGGGCGCGAAAAAAUGUGCUGCAGGAGGGAGAAGACGGCAGCGGGAAAAAUAAGGGGCAUGGUUUGAUCCUGUACGGCCAGAGCGUCGGAAGCGGUCCCACCUGCUACCUGGCCUCGGACAAGUCCAAGGGACCCUUUGCAGGUGCCGUGGGAGCACGGCAAGGGGAUAUUCGAGGCCGUCCCCGAGCCGUUGAGGAGACGCCCCUGGUGGGUGCCGGACAGGGGCCACAACGACAUCUGCGAGGGGAGACGUCAUCUGAGGGAGUAUUUCGGGAGGUUUAGCCCUUUCGUCAGAUCGCUCGACCGAGAUGACCCCAUUUCAACCGCAGAAGCGUUACCCGCUCCCGCCGCUGCCGCUGCCGAACGGAUAGCGAGCCCCAGAAAGAACCCCCCGGCCGCCCCCGGGGGGGGGGGUGCCGCGAUCGCCAACGACGGGGCCCCCGUCCUCGCGGCCUCCUCCGUGUUGGCGGCGUCUGGUGCGCCGGCCAGCGGCAGCGGUGGCAGCGCAUCGGUGAACGGGGGGCGAUAGUGACGAAGCAAAGGGAUUAGAGGUGUGGGGGCGUCGUCGGGUGUUGAGGGACUGGCUGCCGUUUCUCGAACGGCCGGUUUUAUUGGAUAGCUCAACUUUUAGCUUUUCGAAUGAGAAAAGCCAACAUAUUUUCGAGAGAAGCCAGUAUUUUUUGUUUGUACUCUUGUUUUGUAGGAAUUGGCUGUUAGUUUUUUCUUGUUUUUUUUUUUUUUAGUAAUCAUGAAGUUUGUGCAACGCUUGUUUGUCGUCGUUGAGAGUGGGCAGGCUGUGCCAUCAAAACCCGUGGGGAAAGGGUUUGGUCAAAUCUCAAGCGAUGGGCUUAUCAAAUUUGUUGGCUCGAGAGACUCAGGUCACCGUUCAACUGACCUUUGUGUGCUGUAACUAAGAAGAAGUAUUUCUUACUUUUAGAUGCUGGAAAGCGAGCUGUCGGCCGUUUGAUAACACGUACUGCCACAACCCCUUCUUGUUAGCACAAAGCCGGGGGGUGAUCCAGUUUUCUAUGUGCGACAGUCGAGCGCAUUGCCAAAUACCGUCGCCUUAAAAUGGUGAUGGCGGAGUCCAUCGGCACGCACGACGCAGAGUUGUGUGGUGGAUUUUUUUUUUUUUUUUCGCUAGCAUGCGAAAUGGGUGAGAGCGAUGUACAUCCCAUCCUAAAAACAGCACUCGCUCAGGAAUAAUUACUCGAUAGGGUUGCGUCGAGAAUGUCAUAUCUUCGUUGUAUAGACACACAUACAUGUUGUGGUCGUCAUCGCGGCUUGACCUCCUCGCUGCUACGUAUUUGGUGGGGUGGGUUGUGGGUUACGCCCUCGUUUCUUCGUGUUUUCAAGGCCUUUUUUUUGUCUCUUUUCAGAGAUGCACCGGUUGAUCCCGUCUUUCCUGCGACGUGUACUCGUCGACACACACCGUGACUCAGUGUUGUUGUUGUUUUUUGUCGUUUUGGUUUUGCCGCCGGACGGACGGGCGACUUAACAACGGCGGCCCUAUUUUCUGACAGAUGAUGAGUCGCGAAGAAAUUAGACCUGAUUGGGGUGACAAACGUUGGGCGUAUGUUUUUUUCUUUUGCUCAUGUUGCGAAGGCGCUCGUAGAGGACGCCGAAGCGUAUGAAACCGGUUCUUCUGUGGUGUUACUACCUUUGAUGGCAGUGGUGCAACUGUGUACCUAUCGAUGUGACGGGAAAAUAUUGAAAGCUGUAGUCCGUAAUAUAUUAGUCUUUUUUUCAGCCAAGUGUCGGGUGUGGCGAGUGAGGUGUCGUUCUUGUGACAAAGAUCUGUCUACUUUUAGGCGUGUAGUAAGUCAUACAGAGUGUGGUGGUCUGCUGCUGCUAGUAGUGCCGGCGAGAUAUUUACUUUAGUGCAUCGCUGCGCCAAACUAUUACCUGCUCCCC